AUGGCGCCCUCCUCCCCGAGCAACAGCAGUGUGGCAGGCUCCAUGAGCGACACGCCUGGCACUGAUGCACUGACCCAGAUGUCGAUCGACCUGGCUGCUAUAUCCGCCAACAUGCUCACCUGCGGGGACAAAACGGCCCUGGUUUCGGAAUUGCGCUCUGUCAUCCGGGAAGAAAUAGCCGCG